GUGGGCUCGACCUCCACACUGUACAAGCCCGAUUUCUGAUUGGUCCCGUGGCCGACUGGAAUAAACACAGCUUCGGGUAUAUAUAUUGUGGCAAGAUGUAACCCAUUUAAGGGAAAAGAGAGACGGUAUUUCAACUUUACGCACGCAAACAUAGAAACCUGCGAAGAUCGACUCAGAUUACAACUAUGAGAACGCAAAUUCGUAAAGCGCCGCAGAUUCUCGAGGUGCUGAAAAAACAAUCGGUGGGGCUACAGCACUGCAAGCCAACAUCCUCAGCGUGCGUGCUGGACUCGAAGGAUGCUGCGGAGAUUGCGCCCUGCGGACACAACCUCAACUCCAUACCGGGACCAACCAACUGGCCAAUCUUUGGCAGCCUCGUCGAACUCCUCCGCAAAGGAGGUUUGAGAAGGCAACACGAGGCUCUGAUUGACUACCAUAAGAAGUUCGGGAAAAUCUUCCGCAUGAAAUUGGGCUCAUUUGAAUCAGUUCAUAUAGGUGCGCCCUGCCUGUUGGAGGCUCUUUACAGGAAAGAGGGAAACUAUCCACAGAGACUGGAGAUCAAACCUUGGAAGGCGUACAGGGACAUGCGAGACGAAGCUUACGGACUUCUCAUUUUGGAGGGAAAGGACUGGCAAAGAGUCAGGAGCGCGUUUCAACAGAAACUGAUGAAGCCAACCGAAGUUGUAAAACUAGACGGUAAAAUUAACGAGGUCUUGGCCGAUUUCGUUAAUAGGAUUGGAGCUGUUAACGUCAAUGGGCAGAUCAAUGACUUGUAUUUUGAGCUGAACAAAUGGUCUUUUGAAACAAUUUGCUAUGUGCUAUAUGACAAAAGAUUUGGACUUCUGCAAGAAAAGGUUGACGAAGAGGCGAUGGAUUUCAUAACAGCAGUAAAAACGAUGAUGAAUACGUUUGGCAUGAUGAUGGUGACGCCUGUGGAGCUUCACAAGGGCUUGAACACCAAGACAUGGCAAGACCACACGGCGGCAUGGGACCGUAUUUUUAGCACAGCUAAAAUCUACAUUGACAAGAAACUGAAUCGGCAUUCCGGCGGGGAAACUGAUGACUUAAUCAGUGACAUCUAUCACCGGAGUCACCUUACCAAGAAGGAGCUGUACGCUGCCAUUACAGAACUCCAGAUCGGAGGUGUCGAGACUACAGCCAACAGUAUGAUCUGGGCUAUUUUCAACCUCUCACGAAAUCCCUGUGCACAAGCCAAACUCCUUAAGGAGAUUGAAGAUGUAGUGCCCAGUGGUCAGUCACCAUGUGCUGAACACAUCAAGAACAUGCCCUACCUCAAGGCAUGCCUGAAGGAGUCUAUGAGACUGUCGCCGUCUGUGCCAUUCACAAGCCGGACUUUAGACAAAGACACUGUACUGGGGGAUUACACACUACCCAAGGGAACGGUGUUGAUGAUAAACAGCCAGGCCCUGGGGUCCAAUGAGGAGUACUUUGACAAUGGAAAACAGUUCAGGCCUGAGAGAUGGCUUCAGGCGAAAACUACCAUCAACCCCUUUGCCCACGUUCCCUUUGGCAUUGGCAAGAGGAUGUGCAUUGGCCGACGCCUGGCAGAGUUGCAGCUUCAGCUGGCUUUGUGUUGGUUGGUGCGUAACUUUGAGGUAGUGGCCACAGAUCAUGAACCUGUUGAUGCAGUUCAUUCAGGUACUCUGGUGCCCAGUCGAGAGCUCCCUGUGGCCUUCAUCCGACGAUGAGACUCCAUGUACAGAGCUUACUCUGGAUAACAGAUGACUCCACUGCCCUGGGUCAAAUAUUACUGACAGGCAUUCGAUUUGCUGCUACUCUGCUGCUAACAAAAAUGUAUUGAUUACUUAUGAUAUACCUCAAACCACAUAUAUAUGUAUGUAUAUUUUUAUAUAAAGGAUCAAAGACUAACAAUAGUGAUUAUUAUAUAGUUAUUAACCAAGCUGACCAAAAUCAACAGCCUAAACCAACAUUGUGUAAUGUUUUCCCUUAAAGACUGCUGCUUACUACCUACUGAUUUAAAAGAUUUUUUUUUCGGAUAUUUAAUGGAAUAUUUUCAGCCAAAAAGUUCAAAAGUAAUAUAUCACUGUAAUCUUUCCAUGUACAGUAUAAAGUCUGUAUUCUUAUAUAUACAGUAUAUAAAUCUGAAUGUAUGUAGAAUGUAUGAAUUAUGUACAUACAUGUAACAUAGUCACUUAAAACUAAAAAGAAACAUAUUUAUGUGUAAUGAAUAAAAUAGUAUGUUUUA